CGAUUGAUGGGGACCCCAAACACGUCCGUGUGGCCAUUUGGUCGGUCGGGUCUACAAUAUUGAGCUCCACUUGGAGCAACUAGUAGUACCAUAGUACAAUGUACACAGGACGAGAGCGAUCGGCCGGAAAUGGGUCCGCCUGAUCAUCACGUAAUGAAUUGGCCGUAAUCGUACUCGGGCGGUACACGCAGGUUCCCAGUUGGGAUGAUAAUAUCGGAUCGGCCAUCGAGGGGGUUGAAGAACAACCCUGUGAAGAGGCACCUCUACUAACUGCUACUGUUUGUGUUCUUCCCGUCAGGAACGAUUUUAUCAAUUUUUGUAUUUUUCCAUCAUGUCCAUAGGCUUGUAGCUUGUUUAUAUGAGGCACUGAAUCAAAGUUAUGGUAGUCCAGUAAAAUUACGCCCACUGGGUUACCUUCAUCUAAGUUUUCCGUGUCCCGUGGUUUCCUCGAGGUUCGUCAAAAGAUUUGGAUUUGUAAGAUAAGAACUGAGAGACCCCAACCAACUUCAACAUGCUUGCCUUCGCUAUUUUUGCAGUGACGUUUGUAGUAGCUUUGAUAGCGGCAGUGGUUUACUUUAACCCUAGUGGUUCAAGCAAGAGACGCUCAACGGUUCCUGGUAUGGACCCGACAGAUCCAAACGAGGGUAACUUUCCAGAUAUGGGUGCUGCAGGCAGCCUGCAUGAGUUUCUCAUGAAGUUGCAUAAGACUUAUGGAUCUAUUGCAUCCUUCUGGUUUGGUAAAACGUUCACUGUUAGUAUAGCGUCACCAGAGCUCUUCAAGGAACACAUUGGACUGUUUGAUCGACCUCCUGAACUGUUUGCACUGUUUGAGCCUCUGAUUGGCCAGAAGUCCAUCCAGUAUGCUAAUAAGGCUGAUGGGCGGAAGAGGCGCAACAUGUAUGACCCAUCGUUCGCACAUACUAGCAUUGGAAACCACUACGGCACUUUCAAUGAGUUGGCAGGUGAGCUAGUGCAGAAACUCUUGACUAUUCCGAAGGACGAGCACGUCUCACUGAUGCAGCACUGCCACGCCCUUGUCAUUACGGCGCUGACUCGUACCUCCUUCGGAGACUUCUUCAAAUCUGAAGAGUUAAUCAACAAGUUUCGUCAAGCUUAUAAUAAUUGUUGGUAUGACAUGGAGAGGAGUCUCUUUCAAGGUCUUCCUGUGAAAGGAAGCGAUCGGGAAAAGAAGUUUAAUAAAGCUUUAGGUUUCUUGCACGAUACUGUACGCAACACUUUGAAGGAGUGUCGCGCAAAUCCAACAGUCGGGCACCAGUCUUUUAUCGACGUUCUCCUUGAGAAUGAACUACCAGAAGAUCAGAUACUAAGCGACUGUGUCAGCUACAUGGUGGGUGGCUUCCACACCUCUGGAAAUUUGUUUCUUUGGAUUUUGUACUACUUGGCUUCAAACCAUGACUGCCAGGAGAAGCUGCAUCAAGAGAUCAAGGAGGUUCUUGGUGAUGGGGAGGUGGACAAUUCAAAUGUCAAGGACAUGAAAUACCUUCGCCAGGUGAUCAAUGAGGGACUACGUGUGUCUGUUCUGGCCCCCUAUGCUGCUCGCUUUCAGGAUAAUGAUAGUAAGCUAGGGGGUCAUGUUAUACCAGGCGGGACUCCUGUUAUGCACGCUCUCGGGGUAGUGCUUCUAGAUGAGGAACUUUGGCCUGAGCCUGAAAAAUUUGAUCCCGAGCGAUUCAGCCUGGCCAACUUCACCCCUCGCCACAAGAUGGGUUUCCAAUCAUUUGGCUUUGCAGGGAAACGCGUGUGUCCCGGGAAGUAUCUCUCCUAUGCUGAGACUAGCGUCUUUGUUGCCGUCCUAUGCCGGGAUUUGAAGUUCAAUCUUGUCGAGGGGCAAGUUGUUGAGAAAUUCCACGGCCUUGUGACCUCUCCUAAGAGCGAAAUUUGGUUUACUCUUGAGAAAAGAGGCUAGCUCAAAUCAAGCGGACAAAAUUACUGUGUUGAAAGGAGUGCUUUAAAGGAGCAUUACAUAAUUGAAAUGAAAAAAUUGUGAAGAUCACAGAUUUAAAUAAAACUUACAUGGUCUAUAAUGACAAAGAAAACAUCCCCUGAAAUAUUUUUGACUGAAUUGUCGUAUUUGAUUAGAAAUAAAUAAAACUAAUAUCCGUUUUGGAGUUCAACGCUCAGCAGUGAGCGUUUUAUUCAAAUUUUGGUUGAAUUGUUGUCAUGCGAAAUGUGUGAUUGGUUUUUCACUAUUUUCUCGUGACCAGAUGUCCAAUCGAUCUCAAACUUCUACAGGGUUGUCAGUUGAUGUAUCUGGUGGAUUUUGUACUUCCAACAACUGUUUCAUUUGCAAAAAAAACCAAUUCUUUAAUGUUCCUUCAAGCAAAGAUCUUUGACAUUCAAAUCUGAUGAAAACUCAAAAAUGUUUAAAUUGUUCCCAAUGUAAUAACCUUGUGAAACUAAAAAAGUCCUCGUCCUUUUACAGAACUUUUGAGGGACCAAAAGUAAAAUAAAAAGCACAAUGCACCAUGUGUAAGGUGUUUGGUUGUUUUUUUUCUCCCAAUUUUUACAGCAUUAAAUGCUUUUGAAAAAAAGAAAAAAACUUUGUGAAUGGACUCAAGACCACGAAGUAAAGACAACAGAACUAAGAUGAAAGAUGUCUGUUUAUUUUCUAUUUUGAGAAAACAGAAUUAGCUGUUGUAAACUGCUUACCAACAAAAAUGACCUAUGGUAUAAAUGCAAACAAUGGUUAAUGGCCUGGCGUUUGGACCCUAGCAAUGUUUUUCUCAAAGCCCGAAGAAAGACUCUCAUUGAAAUGUCAGGCCAUUAGCAAUUUGUGUAUAUUAUUAAAAAAAAAUUGCACUGGGAGCUGUGCGAAACGUGCAUUGUACAAAACCAGUAAUCACUCAAACAUUUUGAGAUAAUAAUGGUUUACAAAUUUAUAUGGGAAGAUAGGCACUGCAUGUCUGGGAUUUGAAGCACCAUAUCAAUAAACUUCUGGUAGCCAUAUAGGAUUUGAGGCAUUGCAUGGUGAGGUAUCAAUAUAUAUUUGGUUUACACCAUGUGUGUAUCUACUUG